AUGGAAGAAUUAAUAGUUGAACUGCAAUUGUUUCUUCAACUUCUGGACCAUGAAUACUUGACAUCCACAGUCAGGGAGAAAAAAGCAGUUUUAACUAACAUUCUUCUGAGAAUACAGUCAUCAAAAGAUUUUGACCUGAAAGAAAAAGUGCAGAAACAAGAGGUUGUCAAUAGUUUACCAGCUCCUCCCCAGAUGCCUCUGCCAGAGAUUCCUCAGCAAUGGUUGCCUCCAGAUAAUGGCCCUCCUCCACUGCCAUCCUCAUCUCUUCCUGAAGGUUACUACGAAGAGGCUGUACCACUCAGUCCAGGGAAGGCUCCUGAGUACAUUACAUCCAAUUAUGAUUCUGAUGCCAUGAGCAGCUCUUAUGAAUCUUAUGAUGAAGAGGACGAGGAUGGGAAAGGGAAAAAAACGAGACACCAGUGGCCUUCUGAGGAAGCAUCCAUGGACCUUGUUAAGGAUGCCAAAAUCUGUGCCUUCCUUUUAAGAAAGAAACGAUUUGGACAGUGGACAAAACUGUUGUGUGUAAUCAAGGAAAACAAACUUUUGUGCUAUAAAAGUUCCAAGGACCAGCAGCCACAGAUGGAGCUAUUGUUGAAUGGCUGCAGCAUUAUAUAUAUCCCCAAAGAUAGUAAAAAAAAGAAGCAUGAACUUAAAAUCACACAUCAAGGGCAAGAUGCUCUCGUUCUUGCUGUGCAGAGCAAGGAGCAGGCAGAUCAGUGGCUAAAGAUAAUAAAGGAAGUUUGCAGCAACUGUGUUGGUACUACAGAUUCAGAUGGACCAUCAUCUAAUUCUCCUGUACACAAGACUGAACUAGAAAAGAAAUUGUCCUCAGAAAGACCAAGUUCUGAUGGAGAGGGCACUGUAGAAAAUGGAAUAGCUUCCAUCUGUAAUGGAAAAGAGCAGGUAAAAAGGAAAAAAAGCUCAAAGACAGAUUCCAAAAGCACUGUGUCUAAAGUAACAGGGAAGAAGAUAACAAAGAUAAUUGGCUUAGGAAAGAAGAAACCCUCCACAGAUGAACAAACCUCAUCAGCUGAAGAAGAUAUCCCAACAUGUGGUUACCUUAAUGUGCUGUCGAAUAACCGUUGGCGUGAACGCUGGUGCAGAGUGAAAGAUAAUAAGCUCAUUUUCCACAAAGACAGGACAGAUCUAAAGACACAUAUUGUCUCUAUCCCUCUCCGUGGUUGUGAAGUUAUUCCGGGAUUGGACUCCAAGCAUCCCCUGACAUUCCGCCUACUUCGAAAUGCACAGGAGGUUGCAGUCUUAGAGGCUUCAUCCUCAGAAGACAUGGGAAGGUGGAUUGGAAUUUUGCUGGCCGAGAGUGGCUCCUCUGCAGAUCCUGGCACUCUGCACUACGACUACAUUGAUGUGGACAUAACAGCAAGUGUCAUUCAAGCUGCAAAGCAGACCUUCUGUUUUAUGAACAGACGGGUUCUCUCUACUAAUCCUUAUCGAGGAAAUCCUACCAAUGGCUACGCAUGUCCCAGUGGGAUGGCACUUCAUUAUGACGAUGUUCCUUGCAUAAAUGGAUCAGUAAGAAUUGAUUUUUGUUGGGAACCAGAAGAUGGCUUUCCUACUUCUCGUAGCAGAAACACAGGAGAAGAUGGGCUUUAUGAUAACAUGGGCCUGUAUGAUAAUUUGCCGUCUCCGAAAAUCUUUGCACGCUGUCCAUCGGCUGACAGAAAAACCAAUAGGUUAUCUACUGACAAAUUGUCUUCUAACCACUAUAAACACCCUGUCUCAUCCAAUCUGUCUUCUGCUCAAUCUGUCACUAAUACUUCUGCUGUGGGGAGGGGAUCAGUGUCACAGUUUAAAGGAAAGAAAGUUUCUACAGCAACAAAUGGAGUUGUGGGGAAAGGAAGAACAUUAAACAAUCCACAGAAGAAAUCAGAAUUUUCUUCAAAUGUGAAACGCAGCACCUCUAGUGCAGAACAGUACAGAUAUGGCAAGAACCGAGUUGAAGCUGAUGCAAAGAAGUUACAAACGAAAGAGGAAGAGCUGUUAAAGAAAAAAGAAGCUCUGAGAAAUCGCCUGGCUCAGCUUCGAAAAGAAAGGAAGGACCUUCGGGCAGCACUUGAAGCAAAUGUCGGAAGGAAACCUCUAAUUAUCCUUGAAGAUAAAUUAAAGAAGCUGGAAGAAGAGUGCAAGUUGAAAGAAUCUGAACGUGUUAGUCUAGAACUAGAGUUGACAGAGGUGAAAGAGAACCUGAAGAAAGCCUUGGCUGGUGGCAUCACACUGGGGCUGGCAAUUGAACCCAAAUCAGGAACUUCAACUGCACAGUCUCCCGUUCUAAAGCACCAGACCCUGGAGAAUUCACCCAUUUCCAGCUGUGAUACAAGUGAUACUGAAACUUCUGUGCCUGUGAACAGUGCCGUUGUCAUGAAAAGACAUUCCUCUUCAAGCAGUUCCCCAUGUAGAGGCCAUGUCCUUCAGAAGGCAAAAGAGUGGGAGCUGAAAAAUGGAACAUAGAGAUGUAACACAUCUUGUUGUAAAGGCUUGUUUGGUAUGACUCAAGAUGGACUGAGAAAGGGUUUCUGCACAGUGGUAAAAAGAGUUUGUCAAUCUCGUUCAGUUAAUGGCGAAUAAGUCUAGAGCAGCCAAGAGGAAGAUAGCCUUGAAUGUGUCAUUUUUUAGAGCGACAUUUGAUUUGUAAUACAGGCAGUCCCCGAGUUACAAGCAUCCAACUUACAAAUGACUCACAGUUAAGAACAGGGGUGAGACAGAAAGUGAGAGAAAUCUAUCUCUCAGAAGGGAAAUUCACUCUUGGAAGAGUUAUCAUGGGGGAAAGGAGUCUCCAUUGAAGCUUUCCAACCAAUCCUUGUUGCCACAACAAGCCAAAUUUUUCAAAAUCCAAUUAUCAUAGGGACAGAAUGAAAUCUUCUGAACAGUGGCAAAGACGGCAAAACAAACAUCACAAGGAUGUUAAACUUUCCCUAUGCUAUCCAAAGCUAAAACAUAUAUUUUGGCUGGCAUUACACUAAAAAAUCCCCCUGUACCGAUUUACAAACAAAUUCAACUUAAGAACCUAUCUUGUUUAUAACUUGGGGACUGCCUGUACUAGAAGAAUAAAAGGAGCAUUUGAAAUGAUUACGUAGCAGGAUCAAAUAAAACAAGCACUAGCAACUGUGUUAGAUGGAAAUGGAGAUUGGCAUGUUUAAAUACCUAUUUGAAAUAGUUUUAGAUAGCUUUAAUCAUUUUAUAUGAAAACAAAAGUUGACUCCCUAUAGAGGUUGCUGGAAAAAUGUGGCGACUGAAUAUUUUGUGACAUUCAGUAAGUCUUUAUGAGUUCUGUAUGGGAGAAGAAUUGAAAGCUGUGGCCAUUGCUGAGGUUGCACACCUUCUGUUUUUCACAAUGGUCAGCAACUAGAGGAGGACAAAAUGUAGCUGGGAAGCAGCCUUGGUACUAUCAGAAGGACCCUUCCAGUUGCAAAUAUAAAGGACUGCCAUUGUAUUGAACUCUUGUUUUUAAAUAUAUUUUUAUUUAUUUAUUCUCAUGUUUUAAAUUGUUUUUGAAUGUUCAACAGCAACAGAUACUACUUCAGAAACAACUACACAGAAAAUGAGCACACAUUUGUGACUUCCCCCUUAAAAUCCCCAUCUGUGACAUCUGCCAUUUUGAGAGGGAUCUGUGGAAAGAAAAUAUUAAAUAACCCAAGGACCAAUUUAAGCAUUGAUACAUUUCAAAACUCUCCAAGAAAAAGAUGUCAUAACUGAUGUUUCAUAUCCUUCUACAUUUCUGAGAGAACUAUUUUCACUGUUAAGCGGAAAAUUCAACCAGCAAUGAAUUUCUGGAACAGAUCAAAAUGUUCUAAUUAUUAUGACGCCUAUACAACUGUUACCUUUAGUGAUCUCUGUUACAAUGAUAUGUGUCAGUUUAUUUAUGGUUAUUUUCUAUUUUUAUAAGAAAAAUAAUGGAACUUUUUCCUGCUGUAUCACAGGGGUCAUGAAUGAGCUAUGAGCUGGGAAGGCAAGGCACCGUGUCUUAGCUCCAAUUUCCAAUUUGCAGUAGGGGGGGGGAGAACACAAUACUGGCCUAUUUUGCAGGGUUGUUGUAAGGAUUACUGCAAUAAUGUUUAUGAAGUGGUUUGACUGUUUGAAACAGGUUGUAUACAUUUUCACCCUUCUGCACCUCUCAAAGAAACAUGGACAUAAUUUAAGAUUGUUGUCUUUUAACACUUGUGUUCCCACUCCCAAUUUUUUAUGUGACCUGAUGAAAAUACAGAGGUCCUGGUGUAUAGGCUGCUCCAGUAUCAUCACACUUCUGGUAUCAGAUGCAAGACAGAGCCAUCCUGCCAUGAACAUUAGGUCUGUUCCGAAAGAAGGUUCCAACUUUCUCAACUUUCUUUCCUGACUUCUGAUAGAGCCCCCCUCCCCUCUCCCAGAAUUGUCUAACACUGUUCCAGAUGUGGGGUUGGUUUGGCCAAAGUCUUGUGAGUCUGUGCAGUGCUACCAUGCUGCUGCGAGCUCCUUUCAUCUUUAUCAUUUAUCCUUCAAAGAUUGUUGGGUUUUUUGAUGAUUUGGCAAUGGUAACAGCCUGAUGUGUGCAGAGCAGACAUAUCAUCAGUAUCACAUGAAUUGUCACUGCAAGGAAGUUUAUGCAAAAUUAUAUUUUGUUUAGCCAAAUUAUUUUAAACUAAUUUAUUUGUAUAUUUCAUUAAAUAUUUUAAGUUAUGGAUAUAUAUAUAUUUAUGUUGUAUACUAGACAACUGAUCAAUAUGUUUAAUGAGGAAGCAAUUUCUAUUAGCGGUACCUUUUAAAUGGAUCACACUUUUUGUAACACGAAGUAGGCAACUUAAAAUUCCUUCGCCAGAUAUGUGCGAUUUUGUUUUUUUCAUUUUUCAAAUGGUUUUGAGCAGGGGGCACAUGUUCAGUUUUAGCUGCUGCAUUUUCUUCUCGUUUUGUAGGCUGGCAAAUUCCACUAAACCUGAGCUUUACUCAGAUGUGCCUAAGUUAAAUCAUGAGCCUGCUUUGCACCUGUAGUUGCUCCAUUUAGGGUAGAUGUAAAGUUUACGUUGUAAACACAUCAAAAGUCAACAGGUUUGUUUGAGUCAGCCCAUCUCUAGGAAAAAGAAAUGAUAGGAUACGGAUUAGCUGGCCUUAUGACAAUUAUUUGGCUAUGUAAAGUGCUGGCUGGUUGGCUCUUCUUGGUGAUCACAAGAGCACUGUCUCAACCUGCCUCGCCAAUUUAAUUAAAAUGUGCACAAGUGUAUAUUCUGUUAAAAAAAAUGUGUGCAUUUGGAUGCAGAGAUCUUUAGAAAUACUGUAACCUGUCCAAAACAGAAUUGUAUGUCAGUGUAGUAAACGGAGAAGGAAUAUGUAGCAAUGCUAUUUGUUUCAGGCCUGCUAGAGAAAUCAUUCCCUUGAGUUUGCUUCCUUUUGUUUUGUGUUCUAUGUGUUAUAGUAGCUUUUCUAAAACAGAUAUGGGUACUUGUUUGGCCUUCUGAUCUUAAAGCAAGCAUAUUUGCCAUAGUUUAUCUCCAUGGCAUUUAGCAGUCUUGAAAAGCAAGCAAAACUUGAUAUAAUUCACAGAUACAUUCCUGUAGCCCUAGAGGCCUUGUAAUGUUACUGUUGUUACUUAGCUGUUUCAGCCCUGAAUGAAGCAGAUGCAAUGGCUGGAGCCCCAUGCUGUUAGUUACCAUUUCCCAGUGUUACCCAGCUCUGGUGAGAGAAAGCAGGUAAAAUCUUCCACUUCUGGGCAGCCCAUUUCUCCUGUGCCUGGUUCCCUUCAUCCCUGUUGCUCCUUGUGGCCUUUUCCCAUUAGCCCCCCAUACUUCAGCCUAGGGCACCAGUCAGGAUCCUGACCAAGAUCUAGAGCUUGUGAGGAAAAAAAGUUUGGGUGGGGGAGAAGAGAACCUAGAAAGAAGCAAAGCCACAUUAAAGGCUUAAUGUGAGACAUAUCCCAACAGCCACUGUGUCACAUAUUGCCUUUUGGCACAACCUUGUGUGAUUAGGAUCCCCCGAAGGUAUGUUUCCAUGCCUCAGUGUGUGUGAUGUCUGUUGACUUAAGCCUGAAAGGGAGAGUUUUCACAAUCAUAGUCUUCUAUUCUGCAGAGUAAAUCUUAACAAAUUACUGUAUAAGUUAUAUUGUUAAAGGCUUUCAUGGCCAGAAUCGCUGCGUUGCUGUGAGUUUUUCAGGCUGUAUGGCCGUGUUCCAGCAGAAUCCUGCUGGAACAUGGCCAUACACCCCAAAAUACUUACAGCAACCCACCUGUUGUGUGUGUUUUUGUGGACUCUAUAGAUCAUCUCACCAGAUAAAUCUUAUCUAGAAUUUGGGCUUGGUAUGUGCAUAGAAAGGGGGUUGUAAGCAGUGAGAGCAGGUCCUGAGAACAAGGUAAAGAGUAUAUUCUGCUUAGGGCCAGCCAACGCCCUUUUCUUGACUGCAGUACAGCCCAAAAUCCUAUUCCUUCUCUGCUCCAUAUUAAAUAUUUUACUGGACCAUUCAGAUAUAAAGGUAAAGGUUUCCCCUGAUGUUAAGUCCAGUCAUGACUGACCCUGGGGGUUGGUGCUCAUCUCCAUUUCUAAGCUGAAGAGCCAGCGUUGUCCAUAGACAUCUCCAAGGUCAUGUGGCCGGCAUGACUGCAUGGAGCACCGUUACCUUCCCGCCGGAGUGGUACCUGUUGAUCUACUCACAUUUGCAUGUUUUCGAACUGCUAGGUUGACAGGAGCUGGGGCUAACAGCGGGCUCUCAUUCCGCUCCCGGGAUUUGAACCUGGGACCUUUUGGUCCGCAAGUUCAGCAGCUCAGCGUUUUAACACACUGUGCCACCAGGGGCACAGAUAUAAGUGGCCUUUAUUUAUGUAUGCCCACACACACACAAUUCAUGGUGCUGCCUGAAGUAGACUGCUUUUUUCUAUUACAGUAAUACAAUUUGCUCGGUAUAAUCUGUUCUCCCAAAUGCCACCUUCUUGUUCUUCCCUUCAUUUCUCUCCCAAGUUGUACAUUACCAUUCUCCUCCUUGUAGGAAAAGGUAGUGGAAAGAAAGUUGUUUCCCCUCCCGAGGUCUAUGUUUGGGCAAGAGUCAGAACCAGUGUUCAUUCCCUUAUUUGGCAGCACAUACGAUAGAAUUGAGGAUUGAGGUUAUCCUGAGCAAACUGUAUCCUCCCUGAUCAAGCAUAUAUUUCAAAGGCAUUGAGCAGACAAGAUGGCUAAAUUAGUGAUUUGGAUAUUUCGAUAACAUUUCUGACGACUUUAAAAAGGUUUUGUAUGCAUUACAUUUCUUUGUAUGUGAGGAAAGUACCAAUUCAGAUUUCCUGAAUCAUUCUUAUGCAAGUUCUAUUUGACAUCUUGGGGUUAGGUUGUAGGUAUAUUUUUCAAAUAUCAAGAUUAUUUGAGGGGAAGAAUUUUCAUUUUUUUUAAAAAAAAUUGGUGUUUUUGUAAUUUUGUAUCAGCCUUUCACUACUACUGUAACCGUUUUAAUGCUCCUGUAUUAAUUAUUUUUCUUCCUGUGUUUUCAAAGGCAAGGCUGUCAUUUGUGAGCUUUCAUUGUGUUUCAUUUUAGAUUUCAUUUCCUCUGUAUUUCUCAGUGCAUGGCUGCUGUUAAGAACUAAAUGCUGGACUCAAUGGAACUUGGCCAUCGAGGCCAACCCUUUUCUUCUGAGAAAACACAUAUGUGAUUUUUUAAAGAGCCCUAAUAAGAAAGCCACAAGACACCUAGGCCUUGUUGGCUACAGUUGUCUUUUUUUACCUUUCUGACCCAGAAAGAAGAAUGACAGGCACCUAAUUGGUGUAACAUAUGAAUUCACAUUAUUAAUAAAAGAUAACCUGUGAAAAUUC